CCCGACUUCAACACCACACCCAGCUCUAAGCCCUUGUCGGCUGACGCUUGCAGAUAUGCCGCUCGUACGCAUUGAGCUCUGUGACUUCAAGUCGUAUAGGGGCCACCAGGUCAUCGGCCCAUUCCGCAACUUCACCUCCGUCAUUGGGCCUAAUGGCGCUGGAAAGUCCAACCUCAUGGACGCCAUCUCCUUCGUCCUCGGCGUCAAGUCUGCCCAGCUCCGUUCGUCCCAGCUUCGCGACCUCGUCUACCGCGGGCGUAGGCUUGCACAUAGCGAAGCCACGUCCGAUGCGGACCUCACGCGAGACCAGGAGGAGGACGAGGAGGAGCAGACUGGAGAGGGUACUGCGAAGCGUGCGUGGGUGCUUGCGGUAUACGAGGACGAGAAGGGGAAAGAGUGGUUGUUCCAGCGGACAAUAUCAACGAAUGGCACGUCCGAAUACAAGCUGAACAACAGAGUUGUCACCUACCAGUCGUAUAACACCGCCCUUGUCUCGCACAACAUCCUUGUGCGCGCCAAGAACUUCCUCGUCUUCCAAGGCGACGUCGAGGCCGUCGCUUCCCAGUCGUCACGAGACCUUACCAGGCUCAUUGAGCAAAUCAGCGGGUCGGGAGAGCUUGCGAAAGACUACGACGCCGCGCUGCAGGCCCAGGAACGCGCUACGGAGAACGCGACGCUCAGCUUCACCAAGCGGAGGGGUAUCGCAGGCGAGAUCAAGAGCUACCGUGAGCAGAUGGGCGAGGCAGAGCGGUUCGAGGCACUUGUCGAGGAGCGAGACACCCUCGCCCUCCGCCGUCUUCUCUACAAGCUCUUCCACAUCGAAGCCGCCCUCUCUACCAACGCAUCCGACGUCCGCUCACAGGCACGCGCGCUCACCGCCCUGCGUGCCGACGCCUCCUCCGCCGAAGACGUCCUCUCCUCCGCGCGGCAGGGGCAGGCCAAGGUCCGCGCGGGCGUAGCGAAGCAGGAGAAGGCGAUCAAGCGUGCGGAGAAGGAGGUGGAGAGGAAGCAGCCCGAUGUCGCGGCGACGGAGGCGCAGAUCGCGCACGCGGCGCGCAAGGCGAGCAACGCAAAGGGCUUGGAGGUGCAGGUGGAAAAGGACAGGAAGAGGCAAGAGGAGAAGAUUGCGGGGCUUGAGAAGGAGCUGAAGAUUGCGAGGAGGGCGGCGGACGAGGCUGCGGAGGCGCAUCGGAAGGCGUCGGCGCAUAAUACGAGUUUGAGCGAGGAGAGUCUGAGGGAGUAUCGGUCGCUAAAAGCCUCGGCAUCUGUCCUCGCCGUGGACGAACGCCAGUCAUGCGAGACACUCGCCCGCGAGGAGAAGCUUGCACAGCGGACGCUCACACAGGCGCAGGACAAGCGCGACCAGCUCGAACUUUCCAAGACGCGCCUCGGCGAGGACGCUGCGGCGCAGACAACGAGAAGAGACGAGCUCGAGGCACGGAUCAAGGAUCUCGGUGAGCAGCUCACAAGGGCGAAGGCAGAGCACGAGAGGGUGGUUUCGGAGCGGACGAAGAUUGCCCGCCUCGAAACUGAAGCGAACGAGAAGCUCGCCGAAGUAUACCAAAAGCUCCUCCAGGCCGGCGUCGACCGCACCGAAGGCGAGCGCGAAGCGCGCCUCCGCGAGACGCUCACGGGUCUGCAGCGCCUCUUCCCCGGCGUGCGCGGGCGCGUCGCGGACCUGUGCAAGCCGACGCAGCGCAAGUACGAGACGGCUGUGGCUGUCAUUCUCGGACGAAACAUCGACGCUGUCGUUGUAGACGAGGAGAGGGUCGCGAUUGAGUGUAUCGAUUACAUGCGCAACCAGCGCGCGGGCCAGGCGACGUUUAUCCCGCUCGACACGAUCCAAGUUAAGCCGGUCAACGACAAGUUCCGCGCGUUCGCCAAGGGCGCGCGGCUGGCUGUCGAUGUUGUGCAGUACGAGUCCGCCGUCGAGAGGGCGCUGCAGCAUGCGUGCGGGAACGCGCUCGUGUGCGAUACGAUGGAGGUGGCGAGGUAUGUGUGCUAUGAGCGCGGGCAGGAGGUUAAGGCGGUCACGCUGGAUGGCACGGUUAUACAUAAGAGCGGGUUGAUUACGGGUGGGCGGAGUACGCAUGGGACGGGGAAGAAGUGGGAUGAGAAGGAUGUGCAGGGUUUGACUAGGCUGCGCGACACUCUCCAAGCGCAGCUUGCUGAACUCCAGAAGAGUAAGCCACGCGGGAAGGAUGACGAGGCGAUCAUUGGUGAAAUUACGCGACUCGAAAGCGUCAUUGCCGUCGCUCGGGACGACCUCAGCGCAUGCAAGCUCAAGCUCACCGGCCUCAAAGACGAGCUCAAGCAUGUCGACCGUGAACUCAAGAAACUCACGCCCGAGCUCAAGAAAGCGCAGACGACGCACGACGACCUCGCCAAGCGCCUUGGGCAGCUGCGCGCCGUCAUCGACACGGCCGAGGACCGCGUCUUCGCCGCGUUCUGCCGCAAGCUGGGCGUAGCGCAUAUCCGCGAGUACGAGGAGCAGCAGCUCAAGGUUGCUGAAGAGGAGAGCAACGCACGGCUGCGGUAUGAUCAGCAGAUCAACCGGCUUACGCAUCAGCUACAGUUCGAGCAGGAACAAGCCGCAGGCACCGAAGAGCGCCUCGUCGCGAUCCGACGCACGCUCGAGGCCGAGGAGGCACGCGUUGUGGAACUCGAGAAGCAGAAGAGUACGCUAGAAGAGGAGCUUCGCGAGGCGGAGGCGAACGUGGCUGAGCUGCGGGAGGGUCUCGCGGAGGUCAAUGAGGAGCUCGAGGAGGCCAACAAGAAGGUGGAGAGUGCGAAGAAGACGCAGAGCAAGGCGGCGAAGGCGCUGGAUAACGUGAUCAAGGAGAUCGGGCUGAAGAAUGACGAGAUCGAGAAGCUUGCUCUUGAGCGAUCGUCAAUAUACCGGCGGUGCAGGCUUGAAGAUAUCAAGCUACCGCUCGUCGCGGGUAAUUUGAAGAACGUGCCUAUGGAGGAGAACCUUCGUGACGAUAUGGCCAUGGACGUCGAUGAGGACGAGGACGGGACACAGCGGCCGCACAAGGUGGCUGACUAUGGCAUCGAGGUCGACUUCGAACUACUCGAGGAAAAUGAGAGAAAAGAAAACUCGUCAGAAAUCGCAGCAGAGUUUGACACUGAGAUUGCGAAGCUCAACUCCGACAUUGAGCGUAUGGCGCCUAAUCUCAAGGCCAUGGAGCGACUGGAGGACGUUGAAGGCAAGCUGGCAGAUACAGAGAAAGAGGCAGAUAAGGCACGCAAGGACUCGAAGACUGCUCGGGAGCAAUUCAACGACAUCAAGCGAAGAAGAUGUGAGCUGUUCAAUAAAGCGUACAACCAUAUCGCGGACCGGAUAGACACGGUCUACAAGGACCUCACAAAGGGCAAGGCAGCGCCAAUGGGCGGUGUAGCCUAUCUCAGUUUGGAGGACAGCGAAGAGCCGUACAGCGCUGGAAUCAAAUACCACGCCAUGCCCCCUAUGAAGCGCUUCCGCGACAUGGAGCAGCUCUCGGGAGGCGAAAAGACCGUCGCUGCGCUCGCCCUGCUCUUCGCGAUCCACUCGUACCAGCCUGCGCCGUUCUUUGUGCUUGACGAGGUCGACGCCGCGCUCGACAACACGAACGUGGCCAAGAUCGCCAAGUACAUCCGCUCGCAGGCGAGCGACGCGUUCCAGUUCAUUGUUAUCAGUCUCAAGGGGAGUCUGUACGAGAAGGGCAACUCGCUCGUGGGGAUAUAUCGUGAUCAGGAGGUGAACAGCUCGCGGACUUUGACAUUAGAUCUCGAUCAAUACGGGGAGUAGAGUGUCUCGUUGUCGUAGGCUCUAUCUUGUGCUUUGUUGUCAUGCUUUGCGAAUUUACCCAUGUACUCUGUACUUUUUAAUGUCUCUUCAGCAACGUAUCGC